GCGAGCAACCCCCCCCCUCCCUCCCACCUCCACGAGGAACACACGGAAGGCACGGGGCUGAUCUCUCGCGAGGAACGACGCCGUUAUCGGAAUCUCUACAAACAACACGAGAAUUCAUCAUUCACACGUUGUGAACAAUGUCUGAACAAGAGUUGGAUGAAAUUGUGCAAAUAACAGUGGAGGACUUUAACCAGGAUGACCGUACAGACAUGCUGGACAAUCAUGAAGAUGACGAAGAAAGGCCUCAGAAGAAAAAGAGAAAAUUAAGCAGCAGCCAGGAGAGUAACAACAAUAACCAAGACAUAUCUUUUAUUAAGAACAUGUUAGUCUCAUUCACUGCAUCAAUCACCCAGCGACUAGAGGGAAUAGAAUCAAAGUUACAGGCUCUGGACGCUACAUGCAAAGCCCUUGGACGCAAAUUGGACAUAAUGGUUCCCUGUGCGAAGAGUCCUAUCCAGGUUCCCAUGGUUGCAGGGUCUCCUCAGGGGGCCACUCAAACUUGGAACAAAGUGCGAUGUGUUGUUCCACAAACUAAUGUGAUAGUGAGCAGUGAAACCCCAAAGGGCCCUAGUCCUGAAGACACCCCUCUGGAGAACCUGCUCAGCAACACAGUGACCAGGAGGCGGCAGAACACAAUCUUGGUGAAGGUGCCGGGCCCAGAGGAGAGUCAGGAAGAGCAAGAGAGUGGCUCAGAGGCCAGUGACUCUGUUUCUAAUGGCGGCCAUUCCAGCAAUGCGCAAAAUGGUCAAAAUGUUACACUCAUCACACUCAAUUCAGAAGAUGAUUACCCAGGCGGCACCUGGUUGGGAGAUGAGAACAACCCAGAGAUGCGAGUUCGUUGUCCAGUGUCUCCAGCUGACAUGCUCCAUAUCACCACAAACUGCCGCACAGCAGAAAAAAUGGCGCUGACGCUGUUGGACUACCUGUUUCAUCGGGAGAUCCAAGCCAUGUCAAACCUCUCUGGCCAGGGCAAACAUGGCAAGAAGCAGCUGGACCCGCUCAUGAUCUAUGGCAUUCGCUGCCACUUGUUCCACAAAUUUGGCAUCACUGAAUCAGACUGGUACCGCAUCAAGCAAAGUAUUGACUCCAAGUGUCGCACUGCCUGGAGACGCAAGCAGCGUGGCCAGAGUUUGGCUGUCAAGAGCUUCUCCAAACGCACACCUCGCAGUACAGGCUCAGAGGGAGGCCUCGCAGAAGAAGCAUCCCACAUUGAGAGUGCCACCCAGCAGACCUUGCACUACACACUGGCCAAUCAACAGGUCCAGUUCCACCGGAUUGGCGAGGAUGGACAAGUUCAGGUGAUUCCACAGGGUCAGUUACACAUUGCCCAGGUACCACAAGGAGAGGAGGUGCAAAUCACCCAGGACAGCGAGGGCAAUCUCCAGAUCCACCAGGUACAUGUCGGUCAGGACGGACAGGUGCUGCGUGGGGCUCAGCUCAUAGCGGUGGCGUCAGCUGAUGGCGGGGCCACAGCGGUGGAGGGUUCCCCCCUCCCCCCUGACAUCCAAGUGCAGUAUGUCCAACUAGCACCCGUCGCAGAUCACACAGCUGCCGUACAGGCUGCUGAGCUUGCCCCGGCCCUGCAGACGGACAUGGAGGUGAAAGAGGCCAUCCAGGGUGCCAUGCAGGGAGAGAACGGCGAGGUCGUCCAGAUUGUCACCUCUGUUGCCACCUGAGAGCCCCGUCUGGUUCAACACAACCCAGAACUCUGCUCUAUCUACAGCACGACCUGAUGAGUCUCACUGGAACAACAUUUGAGGUCAACAAAUGCCUGACGAGCAAUCAAGUCGGAAAGCCUUUUUAACAAAUACUGAAGGUCACUGAAACACAGGGAAGAAGCAUUUUAUCGUUUUUUUGUGUGUGCUGUUUUCCCCUACAAACUCCUCAAUUCAUUGCCAACCAGAUGUCUCAAUGUGGAAAUGUUCACAGAGAACUUGAAAAGACUAUGAUACUCCAAAAUCAACUGUGGUCUUUCUGGUGUUUUCAUCACCAGAAGGACCUGGCCCACCGCAGAAUACACAGUGGGAUUAUCGUCUAUCCAGGGAGGAUGCUGCUUAUGCAGACCAUCACCCUGCCACUUCAUCAGCACACGCGCUUGUUUACAUCAACUUUGGAAAAUAGCGGAGUUAUUUGGAGUUACGCUGCUUGGCUAACCCUGAAAACCCCCAUGAGGGUUUGUAAAACCCCUGAAUCCCACCUCAAACAACCAGUACUGCGCUCGUUUUCUCGUCAUUACUUGUCAUGGUGGACAGCAACGGAAAGUAGAUUUAGCUGAGGACAGCUACUCUUGGUUGUGAUUAAUUUUGUUUCCUGUCACUCUCCAUGAUACAGUCCAUACUAUGUCUCCCGGCUGUGAGCCCUGCCUUCCUUUAUUUCACUCAGCUUGUUUUCAUAUUGCUUUAGCCGCACAGCUUUGUUUAUUUGUUUGAUUUAUCUAAUUGUAACAUGCCGACAUUUUUUGGGGAGCUUUAAUUUUGGAGGUAGAAGACCAUGAAAUAGAAGAGAUGGUGCCAGUGGUAGACAGUACAAGUGGCUUGUAGAAUACCGAGGAAACCUUGAAGUUGUUUUUUUCUCCCAGUUUUUUCUCUGUGAAAGAUACAUUCAUGUGAAUAAAACAUGUUUGUGGUUGCCAUAAAAGUGUGUUUUUAUUAUGUUUGUUUGUUUUUUUUUUUUUUCUGUAUUUUCUCUUUAUGUCCAUCAACCAUGGUCAUCAAAAUGGCUUCAAAGAUUUCCGAGACAUGACGUUGCUUUCAUCCACUACAAAUAGACAAUUGAAGAGAGCAUGAAAUAAUAGUUUGGUUUUGAGGUCUUGUUUCAUGUUGAGCUAAUUUAUUUACUAUUUUUGAAGAAAAUAUGUAUCAUGUCAACUUCACUAACCAUAGGAUUAUGCUACUGUAUUGUCAGCAAUCCUGACUGUCUUUUGACUUUUUGUCAAAAGACUGUAAUUAAUAUGUUGGGCUCAUUGUAACAGUUUAUGAACUGUAAUUACAUUUCUUUAAAAUCCCACUUGUGCUCACUGCAUGGUUAUGUUUUUCACAGACAGAGAAUGUGUUGUUGUGUUAGAGUGAUGCUCCGCUAAUGAUGAAUAUCUCUGCAGUCAGCAAUAAAAGCGAUAAGCGAUA